UUAAUUAAUAAAUAUAAUUAAUUAUUAUAUGUGCUACCAACACAGACACAUAUGCAUAUAAAUGAAUAAUACCUAAAAACCAAAAGACUCAACAUCAUAAAAUUCUACAAAAAGUGUAAAACAGCCUUUAAAGCACACCAUAAAAACCGAAAAAAGACAUAGUAUAGUAUAUAUUUUAAAUAUAUACACAAAUAUAGCGCUAUAUAAUCGCCUGACUGAUAAGUCGCCGCGCUUAGUGCACGCAAAAAAAAUUAGAAAUCAAGUCGCAUUGCAACUUUUGAACUCGUCGCGCUGCGAUGAUUUCCCAUACAGUGAGAGUAUUUAAGCUGAUGUAUAUCGUUGCUGGCAUUCUGAUAAGCAAUGAGGAAAUCUGUGAUACAGUCGAUCGCAUACAGAUUGCGCCACGCGUCGAGAUGAAGAACGAGCUGGAGCAUCGAGGAUCGCGACGUUCGCUCAAGGAGGACAGCGGCUCACCCAAGUCGAAGCGCAGGCGCAAGGUCAGCGUCACGGGCCUGGCAGGCGACGUGGUGCGCGGCGUCACCAGCAAAGUGACCAACCAGGUGACCAGCCGCAUGGGCAAUCGCUGCAGCUGGCUGUACGACGUGCCCCACAUUGUGGCGCAGUGGCGCAAGCUGGCGCUCAGCUUCACCGUCUGGACCAUACCCAACUGGCUGCUGGAGUACACGUCCAGCUACAUCAGCCGAAAGUUCUUUCUAAACAGCGACUGUGAUAUGAUCUACAAAUAGCUCGAGGGCGCUUCGAACUGCUUAGGCGUAACUAUGUAUGCCCUAGAAUUGGUUAUUAUGUAUACUUAACGAAUUGUAUAACACCCAAGGGCAGAGAAAUCGCCCAAUACAUAUAGUCCCUAUAUAGACGGUCUGCCUCUCCGCCUAUCGGAACUCGACUCUGCGGGCAGCUAAGCUGAUGAAACUUUGUACAGCGACGGCAUUUGGCUGCCAGCGUAGCAUAUAUAAAAGCUGAUCGAAUCGAUUAACUUUAUCAUAUAGAAGUCAGUUACAUAUAUGACCAACAAUCUAGAUCUUAUAUGAUAAACUCAUUCAAACUUGUGCAAUUGCGAGUCUUUAAGUUUAAUUUCUGUUUAAAUCAGACUACUUUAUCAUAGGCAGAGGAAUGACUGCUUCAAAAUCUAGUUAAUGCUUACUUAUUGUUUACAAAUAGGUAAAGCUUAAAAUGAAAAAAAAAAAUAUAUAUAUAUAUAUAUUUUAUAUGAAGAUUCACGAAAUAAACUUAUCAUUAUCGAGCUUCUUUGGCUAUUUAUCAUAAGGAUAUAUUUAGAACAUUUUAUAUUUGGUUGACCUUAUCUUUUACUUUGAAGAGCAUUCCCGAAUCUUUUAGAUUAAUAAUUUUAAUUUACGAUCAACCUAGGACAUGUGUUCAUAUACGAAUGUUUUAUUAUAUGAUCUGAAAUGGAAUUUAGAUUCAGUCUGAAAAAGUUGUUUUUUACCCUAAAAAGAAUUUGUUAUGCUGAAUAUAACUUAAAUUUGCCACAACAACAACGCAAAGGCUUUCCAUCUCCUCCCCUACUAAAACCAUUUAAAACUUGACUAAGACACACAAAGAGUUGAAAUUUAUUUAAGUUUUUUUUUAGAGCUAAGAUGUAAUUAUUAGGCAUAAGUUGAAAUAAAGUUAGUAUUUGCCAAACA